AUGUCUCCAGCAUCAAAUCCGCAGCUAAUCUUCGGAACUGCAAGCUUUGGUGACAAAUUUACCAAUGUCGAGCAGGUGCAGUCGUGUCUGGGUCUGCUGAAAGAACACUAUGUCCAUGUGCUAGAUACGGCAGGCCGGUACCCGGCCGAGGCUCAGGGUAGAUCGGAAGAAUUGAUUGGGGAAACCAAGGCUACUCAGCAAGGCUUUCACGUCGAUACCAAGAUUCUUGCAAUGUCAGCUGAUCACAAAGGGGAGCUGUCGAAACAAAACAUCGAACAGAGUGUCAGCGACAGCCUUCGGCGAUUGAAUAUUCCAAAGAUCAAUACUCUUCAUAUUCAUUUCCCCGAUUCCCAAACGCCCAUUGAAGAGCAGGCGUCAACGCUUGAUGAACUUCACAAGCAGGGAAAGUUUGCUCAGCUUGGAGUGUCAAACUUCACUGCCGGUCAACUCACUGCCUUCAUCGAGGUGUGCGAUAAGCAUGGGUUCGUAAAACCUACAGUCUACCAAGGCGAGUACUCGCUCAUCAGCCGAGGCAUGGAAAAGCAUUUGCUUCCCAUUCUUCGUGAGCAUGGCAUCGUCUUCAACGCUUUCAGAGUCAUUGCCGCAGGAUUUCUCUCUGGAAGCCUUACAUCUGGCUCUACGGAAGGCACGCGAUUCAGUGGCGAUGGCCGAAUUGCCAAGUACAUGUCAGCCUUGUGGGACAAAGAGUCGCUACAUAAUGCCCAGCGGAAGCUGAAUGCCGCUAUCAGAGACGUUGGAAUCACGUCUAUCGAAGCGGCAUUGCGGUGGGCCUAUUAUCAUUCGGCACUUGGGCAAGGUGACGGUAUCAUCUUGGGGGCCAGCAAGGAAUCUCAAAUUGAGAGUAACAUCAAGGCAAUUGGAAACGGCCCACUCCCAGGCACCGUUGUUGCUGCUAUCGAGGCCCUUUGGGAAGAUCUCCGAGCUGAAAGAGAAGACAGCUACAUUAACUAG